AUGAUGGCUAGUGAUAUCAAAAAAACCUUGACUGAUACAUUAGCUGGUUUUCAAGCAUUUUCGAUUGCUUUGGAUAAGAGUACAGAUUUAUCUGACACAGCCGAGUUAGCUAUUUUUAUACGAGGCGUUUAUGAAGAAGCUGCAGUGAAAGAGGAAUUACUGGCUUUACGGCCGCUUCAAGAGGCCACUACUGGAAAAGAUAUUUUUGCCGAGGUGCAAAGUACUUUUGAGCAAUAUAGUUUGCAGUGGUGUAAAUUAGUUGGAGUGUGCACGGAUGGUGCGCCUUCAAUGGUCGGUUCACGAAAAGGUUUUAUCGGAAUUCUGAAGGAAAUAAUAACACCGCUAUGA